UGGAAGGGCGACGCCGCGGCAGCCUCCCAGACAUCUGCAAGAGGGCUCGACAUGGUGCAGUGGACGGAUGGGUGCUUGGAGCUAUGGUGAAGCUGCGCAGGUGUCCUCUCCAUGGCCGCGCAGGCUGAUCGGCGCUGAUUGGCCUGUGCAGACACCUCCGCGUCCCGACUUCCCCAACAUGCACGCUCACGUUCACCACCGACACGGCAGUCGCGACAAACAGCGAACGCUUGCAUACGGCAACCGCGCAACAUGGCGGUCACGGAAGACGGUAAGUCGCGCGCUCUCGUUGCCUUCACCCGCACAACAACACAACCAUGGCCAACAGCGAGCGACUCGCACGGCUGCGCGAGGUGGUGGGCUACAGCUCGUCACCACCCAUCCGGCCUACCACCCCCGCGCGCAAGACGCUGCCCGAGCUGCCCUCUUCGCCCGACAUACCUCUGCGCGACCUGAAGGCUCACACCCAACACGCCCAACACUCCCAACACGCCCAACACGCCCAACACGCGCAAGCUCCCGUCGCACCGCAUGCUGACCUCCCGCCUCCAGCCAAGCGCAAGGCGACCAUCGAAGCCAACGCUGGCUCCCCCAAGCGCGCAAAGCAGUCUCCCGCCUCCGACGCCUCCGAUCCCCCCGCACCCCCCCCACCCCCCGUCAAGCGCAUAGUGCCCUUCCCCGAGAAGCCUGCGGUCAUCGAAGAGCGCAACGGAGAGAUCGAAUUCCGUGUCGUCAACAACGAUGGCCAGCGCGAGAGCACCAUCAUCCUCACUGGGCUCAAGUGCAUCUUCCAGAAACAGCUGCCCAAGAUGCCCAAGGACUACAUCGCCCGUCUCGUCUACGACCGCACGCACCUGAGUAUCGCCAUCGUCAAGAAGCCCCUCGAAGUCGUUGGCGGCAUCACCUACCGCCCGUUCGACAAGGGCCAGUUCGCCGAAAUCGUCUUCUGCGCCAUUUCCUCGGACCAGCAGGUCAAGGGCUAUGGCGCGCACCUUAUGUCGCAUCUCAAGGACUACGUCAAGGCCACCUCGCAGGUCAUGCACUUCCUGACAUACGCCGACAACUACGCCAUCGGGUACUUCAAGAAGCAGGGCUUCACCAAAGAGAUCACGCUCGAGAAACGGCGGUGGAUGGGCUACAUCAAGGACUACGAGGGUGGUACGAUCAUGCAAUGUAGCAUGGUGCCCAAGAUCCGCUACCUCGAGAGCGGGCGCAUGCUGCUCAAGCAAAAGGAGUGUGUCAACGCCAAAAUCCGCGCCGUCUCGAAGUCGUUCCAGAUCCACGCUCCGCCUGCCCAGUGGGCAAAGGGAGAUGUCAGGCCAAUCGACCCGCUCACUAUCCCCGCUAUCAAGUCUUCAGGCUGGUCGCCAGUCAUGGACGAACUUGCGCGCGCGCCCCGCCACGGACCAAACUACAACCAGCUCCUCCACUUGCUCAACGAUAUGCAGAACAACUCCAACGCCUGGCCCUUCCAGCAGCCUGUCAACAAAGACGAGGUCCUCGACUACUACGACGUCAUCAAGGAGCCGAUGGACCUCGCGACAAUGGAGGAGAAGCACGAGAAGGAUCUGUAUCCUACGCCCGAAGACUUCAUCCGCGACGCCAAGCUCAUAUUCGACAAUUGUCGCAAGUACAACAAUGAGAGCACUCCGUACGCGAAGGCGGCCGGGCGGUUGGAGAGGUUCAUGUGGCAGCAGAUUAGGAACAUCCCCGAGUGGUCGGUAAGUGUUGGCUGCGUUCACUGUGCUGUGUACCCGAGCUAACGUGUGUGCAGCAUCUUGAGGGUGAGCUCGGCGGGAAGUAGUCUCGACGGCCACCACAUCAACACAAA